AUGAGCACGUACUUGGGCGUGACACCGCCUAUUUCGCUCAGUGGCCCUACGGAGAGAGACAUUGAGAUGACCAGGUCGCUCGAGGAAGAGCUUCGGGCGCACAAUGUCUUUGAAUCGACCGAGGAGGCCAAGCUGCGAGAGGUCGUGCUGGGCCAUGUCGAUGCGCUCGUGAAGCAGUUUGUAUACCAAGCGUCGAUUGAGCAUGGGCUGCCAGAGAGUGCCGCGCGUGCGGCUGGUGGCAAGAUCUUCACGUUCGGCUCGUACCGCCUCGGUGUUCAUGGGCCCGGCUCCGAUAUCGACACGCUCUGUGUCGCACCCAAACACGUACAGCGGGAGGACUUUUUCCGGAUCUUUGAGCGACUACUGAAGGAGCGCGACGACGUGACGGAGGUAGCCGCGGUGCCUGAAGCGUAUGUACCACUCAUUACCUCCAAUUUCAUGGGUGUUCCCAUCGACUUUCUGUUUGCGCGCAUUGCCCUGCCGCGCAUUGAUGACUCGCUCGACCUGCGGGACGACAAUCUGCUCAAGAACCUAGACGAGCGCGAAGUCCGCAGCCUGGGUGGCUCGCGAGUCACUGACGAAAUUUUGAGCCUUGUUCCCAAUGUGAAGGUCUUUCGUCUCGCGCUGCGAUGCAUCAAGCUGUGGGCGAGCCGGCGGGCCAUCUACUCGAACGUGAUGGGUUUCCUUGGUGGUGUAGCAUGGGCCAUGCUGGUAGCGCGCAUCUGCCAGCUGUACCCGAACGAGGUGGCAGGCGCGAUCGUCAGUCGCUUCUUUAUCAUUCUGCUGCAGUGGAAGUGGCCGCAGCCCGUGCUGCUGAAAAACGUCGAGGAAGGACCCCUGCCGAUCCGUGUGUGGAAUCCACGCUUGUACCCUACGGACCGUUUGCAUCGGAUGCCGAUUAUCACGCCGGCGUAUCCGUCCAUGUGCGCUACUCACAAUGUGAAUCAGUCGACGCAGAUGAUCAUGACGCAAGAGUUCCAGCGCGGCGCCGAGAUUGUCGACCGGAUCUUCCUGGGCAAGGCGCAGUGGAGCGAUCUGUUUGAGAUGCACGACUUUUUCCACAAGUACAAAUACUAUCUCCAGGUGAUUGCGUCGUCGGGCUCUGCUGACCUGCAGCUCAAGUGGGAGGGCACUGUCGAAUCACGAUUGCGCCAGCUCGUAAUGAAACUGGAGCUCGUGCCGACGGUGCUGUGUGCGCAUCCCUUCGUAAAAAGCUUUGAGCACGAGAACAUCUGCUUCUCGGACGAGGAGGUGCGCCGCGUCGCUACGGGCGACGUUCCGCCAGAGGUGGCGGAACGAAGUAAGCUGAAGAAGCUGCCAGAGACAGAAGACGCAGCCAAGGAGAAGGACGAGGCUGUGCAACAGUCGGACGCCGAAAGCGGGCGACGCACCGUCUACACAACGACCUUUUACAUUGGGCUCAAGAUCGAGCCGCGUCAGGCGCACGAGGGACCGACACGCCGUCUUGACAUUUCAUACCCCACCAUGGACUUUACGCAAAAGGUCAAGCAAUGGGACCAGUUUGAUGAGGCGGCCAUGGGUAUCGUGGUGCGCCACAUCAAGGGGUAUGUCUUGCGAUACUCACCAAAGAUCUCAUCUCCCCGACUAUGUCUUCGAUGGAGAUACGCGGCCUCGUAA